AUGGAAGGGUGCUCAGAGACAAGAAUAGAGUUGGGUGAAUACAAGGAUGGGUUUGAAAAUAGACAAGAUCAUAGAGUAUGGGAGGAGAGGGCGCUGGAACUGCCAUCAACACCCUCAGCUCGGGAAGAAGACGUGGGGGGAGGGAAGCAUGCGGCAGCGGAGGUCGAGAUGGAGGAUGCGAAAGGAGGACGAGAGCGUGAGGAUGCAACGCUUGAAUGGACGAUUGAGGCUCUGAAGACUUCCUCCUCCUCCUCCUCCUACCUCUCCUCCUCCUUCGCCCCCUCCGCAUCCUCUGCGAGCAUAUGGCAGUACACCCGCCGGGCCAUAAAGUAUCCGUUUCAGUGUCUGGCUUCCAAGGAGAAUGAGAGAUUUGGCCUCAAGAAGGAGGCGAAGGGAAUCGACCUCGAGGGGGGGGGUAUACGGAAGGAGAGG